ACCGCCCCCAAGGGCGCCCACGACGCAUAAAUAAGACGUCAACGGGCCGGGAGCCUGCCUCGGGGUCUGACGGGAUUGUGGCGGUCCUCUUUCCCAACUCGGAAGCCACCGCUGCCUCCAGACGCUCUCAAGAUGGCGACCUCUCUGGGAUCCAACACUUACAACAGGCAGAACUGGGAGGAUGCGGACUUCCCCAUUCUGUGUCAAACGUGUCUUGGAGAAAACCCAUAUAUCCGAAUGACCAAAGAGAAGUAUGGGAAGGAAUGUAAAAUCUGUGCCAGACCAUUCACAGUGUUUCGUUGGUGCCCCGGGGUCCGCAUGCGUUUCAAGAAAACUGAAGUGUGCCAAACUUGCAGUAAAUUGAAGAAUGUCUGUCAGACCUGCCUCUUGGACCUGGAGUACGGGCUGCCCAUCCAGGUUCGUGAUGCAGGAUUGUCUUUUAAGGAUGACAUGCCAAAGUCAGAUGUCAACAAAGAGUACUACACACAGAAUAUGGAGAGAGAAAUUUCUAACUCUGAUGGAACGCGGCCGGUUGGCAUGUUGGGGAAAGCCACCUCCACCAGUGACAUGUUGCUCAAGCUGGCCCGGACCACACCGUACUACAAGAGGAAUCGACCCCACAUUUGCUCCUUCUGGGUAAAAGGAGAAUGUAAGAGAGGAGAGGAAUGUCCAUACAGACAUGAGAAGCCAACAGAUCCAGAUGACCCCCUUGCUGAUCAGAACAUUAAAGACCGAUAUUAUGGUAUCAAUGACCCUGUGGCAGAUAAGCUUCUAAAGCGGGCUUCAACAAUGCCUCGUCUGGACCCACCAGAGGACAAGACUAUCACCACACUGUAUGUUGGUGGUCUGGGUGAUACCAUUACUGAGACUGAUCUAAGAAAUCACUUCUACCAGUUUGGGGAAAUUCGGACGAUCACUGUCGUGCAAAGACAGCAGUGUGCAUUCAUCCAGUUUGCCACGAGGCAGGCUGCAGAGGUGGCUGCAGAGAAGUCAUUUAAUAAGUUGAUUGUCAAUGGCCGUAGACUCAACGUGAAAUGGGGAAGGUCCCAAGCAGCCAGAGGAAAAGAAAAAGAGAAGGAUGGAACCACAGACUCUGGGAUCAAGCUUGAGCCCGUUCCAGGACUGCCAGGAGCUCUUCCUCCUCCUCCUGCAGCAGAAGAAGAAGCCUCUGCCAACUACUUCAACCUCCCCCCGAGUGGUCCUCCAGCUGUGGUGAACAUUGCACUGCCGCCACCCCCUGGUAUUGCCCCGCCCCCACCCCCAGGUUUUGGGCCACACAUGUUCCACCCAAUGGGACCACCCCCGCCUUUCAUGAGGGCUCCAGGACCAAUCCACUAUCCUUCUCAGGACCCUCAGAGGAUGGGCGCUCAUGCCGGCAAACACAGCAGUCCCUAGCACAUUAUCACCACUCCGGGGCUUUACAGAAGAAAGGGCGCUUAAAAAUCCCAGUACAUGAAUCUUGGAAUAAAUAUAUUUUUCCUUCCUUUGUAGUUUCCAUGGUAGCUGAAUGUGUUCAGAUGUGGGCAGUCGGAGAACGACAGCCGUGCUUCCCUACACGUAUUCCAAGGAUUGAUGGACCUCAAAUAAGCUGCCAUUAACACAUCUGGUUACUACUAUAACAUUACUAAUCAAACUUAAUGCCUGUUCUCCUUACUUCUAUGGCGAACAAGCAACUGGGUGAAUUGGAAUGUCUAACGGAGUUACCAUCCCAAUUGUAUGUUCAUUUUGUAUCUUUUUGGGGGGGAAAAAAUUGACCUGCAGUAAAAUCUUUUUGACCAUUUUUAUGUCCAUUGGGUAUUUUUCCUUUUAUCAUCUGCAAAAAGAUUACUAGUACUAAUCAUUGUAGUGGCAUGAGUGUGAUUUAACACUUCAGAAGUCACCAUUAAA